GCGAGGAAUGGCCAGCAGACAAGGCUUCAAACCUCCAUGUUCUCGUGUCUACUGGGUGGCCUUCAAGAACGAUGUCUUUCGACCCACUCGAAUUCAUGCAACCCGUUCCCAGCAGCGAUGAACUACAACCUGCAGAUGCGUUCCUAUCAGACACUGAAUUCAACGAGAUCCUGAGUUCAAUGGGUCCUGGUCUGCUCUAUCCAUCUGAUUCCAUCUCUUUCAGCUUUGACUCUGUGUUUCCCCAGUCUAAGGAUGCGUCAACGCAGACCACAGGGCCCACCUGGGAUGACAACGAGACAUUCUUCCAUCAUCAGCAUGGUCUGUCUGAUUCUAGCCCAGACCAGGAGAAGCCCGAGAAAUCUGAAGGGAAAAGGAAAUCAUUCCACUCGGCAGAAGUAAAAUUCCUGAAAGAAUGGCUCAACAGUCACCCCGACCAUCCAUAUCCAACAAAGCAGGAGAAAUCGUCCCUGGCUGAGAAGACGGGACUCAGCGUCAUACAGGUGUCUACCUGGUUUGCAAAUGCCCGCAGACGUAAGAAACAGGUCUGUAAUACGUCUAUCACGUCUACGUCACUUGAUUCCCUCAACGGAAACCGACAGACUCGACCCGUACAAUGGGACUCCUUGAGUCCGCUUGAUCGCUGGAGGAAUUCGCCUCCUGAAACCGAAGCUGCGCCUCUAAGGGCUAUUAUUAACGCAGUUGCCGGUAGUGAAUCGAAUGGCCUAUCGAAUGGGAACGGUAGACUCUCCACUUCAGCGCCGGAAUACCCACAGCAACAUCUACCAUUACCUACGAGUGAUGCCAAAUCGCUGGUCUCUUCAGAGGCAUCAGGAUCAGCUUUAUCAAGCAGUUCGGGAUUGUCUGCCUUUAGCUUUGAUUCUAGAGAUUCUCACGGCUCUUUUGGUCGGUUUUAUCUGAAUGAAACACCUCGACGGCGCCGCCGGCGGACAAAGGCUGUCUCUAUUCUCUCUAGACCCCAGAGCAAGACUUCGCGGAAGAGACCGUAUCAGUGUACUUUUUGCACCGACACGUUUCGCACGAAAUAUGACUGGACACGACAUGAAAAGACCCUACACCUCUCGCUUGAAAAAUUCACUUGCACUCCUUUGGGCGCAACCUACAAUGACCCAUUGAAUGGCAUCGGCCGCUGUGCCUUCUGCGACGAACCCCAUCCAUCGGAUGAUCAUGUAGAGUCCCACCGGUUUGGAAUAUGUCAGCAAAAACCUAUAGUGUUUCGGACGUUUUAUCGAAAAGAUCAUCUUCUUCAGCAUUUACGACUAGUGCAUGGGAUCAACCACCCAGUUCCAUUAAUAGAGACCUGGAAGUCACAGAUUACCCACGUUAAAUCACGCUGCGGAUUUUGCGGCGAGACCUUCACGGUAUGGUCCGAAAGAAAUAGUCAUAUUGCCCGACACUUUCGGGAGGGCGCUCUGAUGAAAGAUUGGCGAGGAUGUCGAGGUCUUGAACCAUCGGUCGCUUUAGCAGUGGAGAACGCCAUGCCACCUUAUUUGAUCGGGGUUGAAUCCACAGCGAUGGAGCCCUUCAGCGCUUCUCGGUUGGUUGGAGGAGAUGCCGGGGCUGUCUGCCUAGGAGAAACUACGAACCAACUCCCAAAAGAAAAGCCCGAGCCAACGCCUUUUGAGCAUCUUACCACUCGCCUGAGUGAGUUUGUGUGGAAAUCUCAGACCUCAGGGAGCGUUAUCACGGACGAAAUGUUACAAAAAGAGGCCCGUCUUAUCGCUUACGGGGAUGACGACCCAUGGAACCAAACACCAGCAGACAACCUUGAAUGGUUGAAACUGUUCAAGGAGGGAAUGGAAAUACUAACAGAUUCCAGCGCAUCUCGACAUGACUUUUCCGAUCACCAUAGUAAUGAAAAUUAUAACUUCUAUCUUCCAUGGUCGGCCGAUAGAUGGACACCGUUCGACCCAUCUAUCAGCUCGGCGGCUCAGAAUUCCACUGACAUGAUAAAAGCAUGUAUGGCUUGGCCGUGGCUCAGUCCGGAGUGUCUCGCCGAGUUCAGGCGGCAGAAGAUGAUAACGUGUUCUACCGGCCCACUCGGAAAUCUAGCAGACGGCAACACGGAGCAGUGCCAAAGGACGGAUCACCUUAUCCAAAAUUCAGAUGUCGGGGGUGGUUGA